GCAGUUUACAAAAGCUGGGGGUCAGAGGUAAAAAAAAUCAAGUUGGUGCGGGAGCUGGUGUGUGCGAGUGUGUCGGGGAAAAAGUGAAAUUUCUCCAUCAGUGAGUAAACAAAAGUGUGCGGAAAGUGGAUAAAAUGACGUCGGGAAAGGAGAAUAUUGGCGAACAGCCAAUUUUCACCUGCAAUGCUCAUGUGUUUCACAUCGAUCCUAAGACAAAGAGAACGUGGAUAACGGCAAGCACAAAAGCUGUUUCCGUGAGCUUCUUCUAUGACUCCUCCAGGAAUCUCUAUAGAAUUAUUAGUGUGGAGGGUAGUAAGGCUGUCAUUAAUUCAACCAUCACACCCAAUAUGUCCUUCACUCAGACUUCCCAGAAGUUUGGACAGUGGAGUGAUGUUAGGGCUAAUACAGUUUAUGGCCUGGGAUUCUCAUCGGAAUCGGAAUUGCUCAAGUUUGUGGAGAAAUUCAAGGAGGUUAAGGAAGCCACUAAAAAUGCCAUGUCCAAGAAUGCCAACGGAAGUUCAACAGGAGCUACUCCUGUUACAUCGGCUAACACCUCACCAAUAACAUCACGAUCAUCAAUAAUGCAGAAUGAUAAUAAUUCUGAUCUUGUUGAACCACCAUCUUCAGCUGUUUCGGGUCAGCCAAUGGUGAAGCCAGAGAGUCCAUCACACAAGAAUGUUGUAUCCCUGGGAAGUGUGGGGAAUGACUCAAAAUUGGGCAAUAUGGAUGGAUUGUCAUCGUCUGAGCAGCAACUCAAGUAUGAGAAUGAACGUUUGAAACUGGCAUUGGCACAGAGUUCAGCAAAUGCCAAAAAAUGGGAAAUUGAACUGAAUACACUCAAGAGCAACAAUCUACGCCUCACGAGUGCUCUUCAGGAAUCAACACAGAAUGUCGAUGAGUGGAAGAGACAGUUGCAUACGUACAAGGAGGAGAAUAUUCGGAUGAAAGCGAGAAUUCAGGAGAUGGAAGGUUGCUCAAAAGAUGGAGGAGAAAUGGCAGAUGAUUUGAGGAAAGAAGUUAUUUCACUCAAGGGAAAGAUUGAGUCGUUGGAGAGUGAACUCAAGAAUCAGGAAAUUGAACUCAGAGGAGCUAAUAUGAGUCUCAAGGACAGAAGCAAUGAUCAAUCCGUAAAAAUGAAGCAACUCAUGCAUCUCAAUGCUCAAUUUGCCAAGCAUCUUAAUGAUAUUGCGCUAGUACAAAAGGAAAUGGACAAAAUUCUCAUGGGCAAUAAAUCUACUUGAGAUUCAUGGAGGCAGACAAAUGAGCCAAUGGAGCUUUCUGAGUCGAAGGGAAUUUUUGAUAACAGCUCAAAUAUGAAUUGGGACUUUGAUGCAGUCAUCAGAAGUAUUAACAAUGGAAAUGGCCAGAAGAGUCUCGAAGAAGCCCAAAAGAUGCUACUGUUGAAGCAUGAUCAACUUAAGAAGGAAACCAUGUCACUUCUAGCAGCAGCUUCAGCUGCUGCCGCCGAUAAAGGUUCUAGCAGUCCUGACUCCACCAAGUGCAACAACAAUCAACCCUUGACUGUGUCUAGGAGCACUACUGGAAGGGUGUCAUCUACAUCUGGCAGUGAAUCAAAGACUAAGAAUACAGCGACAAUUCUGGUUUCCAAGAACAAAACCAAAACUGGACUUCCAUUGCUACUCAAGAAUUCGUUGCACUAAUAAUCAAUUUUGAAAAAAAAAGAAGAAAAAAAAAUAAAUCCUUGGACAAAAAGGUAAGGAUUCACAUGAUAACAUUUUAAAUAAUUGGGAUUUUUCGAUGGGUUUAAUUGGACUCUCUAUGGCGAUUUUGUCUUCUAUCUUCCUCAAUUUAUUCGUGUUUUUAUUUUGAAUGAAAGAAAAUGAGAAAAAAAAGAAUUCCAAAAGUUUUUUUCAAUGUGAGAGAUUGAAUGUUUCCCCAAAACAAAAAGAAAAA